AUGCCGCCGAAGCCCUCAGCAAAGGGAGCAAAAAAGGCUGCGAAGUCGCACAAGGCUCGCAGUGGUGACAAGAAGCGACGUGCGCGAAAAAAGGAGUCUUACUCGGUGUACAUCUAUCGCGUGUUGAAGCAGGUUCAUCCGGACACAGGCAUUUCGUCAAAGGCCAUGUCAAUAAUGAAUUCUUUUGUGAACGACAUUACGCCUGUAGCUGAUAAAAGUGUUGCGCACGUACCGAACACAUCUUGCAAGUUGACAUUUUCCGGUGCACAGUCGUGUGGGGCAUGA